AUGAAGCUUCGUUCUCGGUCUUCAAAAGGAGAAGAUGUGAUUGAAUUACCGAGCUCAGACGAUGAUGAUUCAAGCAGUGACUUCUCCGACUCUGACUAUGUAGGGGUCAGUGAUGAAGAUGCAGUUCCUGUGAUACUAGAUGACAGUGAAGACAGCAGUUUACCAGACUUUAAUCUUGGUCCAUCAUCGAAGGUUGAGUUCAUCGAUGAUGAUAUUGUAGAGAAAGUGUCAAAGAGGAAGAGAGUGAUUUCUGGAGGGAGAAAAAAAAAGACAGGUGAUCAGAUCAAGGAAGAAGAAGUUGACAAGGCUGAAAGUAAAAAGCCAAAAAUGAAGAGAUCACACAAGCCAACACUGGUGUGGCAAGCAUUGGAAGAAGAAAUUGAGAAAUGGAUUGAUGAAAAUGAAGCUAACGAGGUCCUACUAAAUAAUCAGAAUGAAGUCUUGGCCGAAACCGUUGAGCAGCCAGCCAAUUUGAUCAUGCCCCUGCUUAGAUACCAGAAAGAGUGGCUAGCUUGGUCAUUGAAACAAGAAGAAUCUGCUUCCAGAGGUGGCAUACUGGCUGAUGAAAUGGGAAUGGGGAAAACAGUUCAGGCUAUUGCACUUGUUCUUGCCAAACAGGAGAUCAGGCAAGCAAUUGGAGAACACAACAUUGAUUUAUCUGCUCCCAGUUCCUCCACAGCAGUGACAGCUGUAAAAGCCACCCUUGUAAUCUGUCCAGUGGUGGCUGUGAUUCAAUGGGUGAAUGAAAUUGAUCGUUUCACCUCUAAAGGAAGCAACAAGGUACUGGUAUAUCAUGGAUCCAACCGGGACAGGAGUGUUGACCAAUUUGCUGAAUACGAUUUUGUCAUAACUACUUAUUCCAUAAUAGAGUCUGAGUUUCGUAAAUAUGUAAUGCCACCAAAAGACAAAUGCCAGUGGUGUGGAAAGUUGCUUCAUGCUAAAAAGAUGGCUAGUCACCUGAGGUAUUUUUGUGGUCCUGAUGCGGUUAGGACCGAGAAGCAGUCCAAACAACACAGGAAAAAUUCAAAACUUAAAAAAUCAACACCAAAGCUGAACUUAGAGCUGGGAUUAGAUGAACCCUAUUCAGAUGGUGAAACACGUAGGAGAGGACGUAAGAGGGGUGGAAACAUCUCCGCCACCUCCGCUGCUAAUAUGGCAGCAGGAAGUGCUCCUGUUGAACUGGGAGAGGCAUCAUCCUCACAGAAAUCUAUCCUUCAUUCUGUGCAUUGGGAUCGCAUAAUCUUAGACGAGGCUCACUACAUCAAAGAUCGGCAAUGUAAUACAACGAGAGCUAUUUUUGCUUUAAAAUCUUCUUACAAAUGGGCCCUCAGUGGCACUCCACUCCAGAAUCGUGUUGGUGAACUUUACUCCCUUGUACGCUUUCUGGGAAUAAGUCCUUAUUCCUUUUACUUUUGCAAAGACUGUGAUUGCAGAACCCUUGAUUAUAGUUCUACAGGCGAUUGUCCAGAGUGCCCCCAUAAAUCAGUUCGACACUUUUGCUGGUGGAACAAAUAUGUGGCUUCUCCAAUUAAAAACUAUGGAAACUAUGGAUAUGGGAAAAGAGCCAUGCUGUUGCUUACACAGAAGAUUCUGAAAGGCAUAGUGCUAAGGAGAACAAAAAAGGGCAGGGCUGCUGAUCUUGCACUUCCUCCUCGCAUAGUUACUCUAAGACGAGAUACUCUGGACCUUAAAGAAGAAGACUAUUAUACGUCACUUUAUAACGAAAGUCGGUCACAAUUUAAUACAUACAUUGAGCAGAACACCAUCAUGAAUAACUACGCGCACAUAUUCGAUCUCCUCACUCGCCUGCGACAGGCUGUUGAUCAUCCUUACCUUGUGGUAUAUUCAAAUGCUUCUAUUGCAAAACGUGAGGGAGUAGCUGAGGGCAAUGUUCAAGAGUGCGGGUUAUGCCAUGAGAAUGCAGAAGAAGCUGUGGUGACGUCUUGCUCUCAUGUAUUUUGCAAGUCCUGUUUAAUUGAUUUCUCUGCCAGCAUGGGACAAGUAUCAUGUCCAACUUGUGCAAAGCCGCUUACGGUGGACUUCACAGCCAACAAAGACAGUGUCGACCAAAUGGCUAAAUCGAGUGUUAAAGGAUUUAGGCCCUCAAGCAUUCUUAAUAGAAUUCGGCUGGACAAUUUCCAAAGUAGCACAAAAAUAGAGGCUUUGAGGGAGGAAAUUAGAUUUAUGGUUGAAAGGGAUGGUUCGGCAAAAGGAAUUGUUUUCAGCCAAUACACUUCGUUUUUGGAUCUGAUUCACUACUCGCUUCAGAAGUCUGGAGUUGAUUGUGUUCAGUUAGUGGGAUCAAUGACGAUGAAUGCUAGAGAUGCUGCUAUAAAGAGAUUCACUGAUGAUCCUGAUUGCAGAAUUUUUCUGAUGAGUUUGAAAGCUGGAGGCGUUGCUCUCAAUCUUACUGUUGCUUCUCAUGUGUUUUUGAUGGAUCCCUGGUGGAAUCCUGCUGUUGAAAGGCAAGCCCAAGACCGAAUACAUCGAAUAGGACAGUAUAAGCCAAUCAGAAUUGUGAGAUUUGUUAUCAAGGAUACAGUUGAGGAAAGAAUCUUGAAGUUGCAGGAAAAGAAGGAACUGGUCUUUGAAGGGACCAUUGGUGGCUCUUCAGAUGCUCUAGCGAAAUUGAGCGAAGCGGAUUUGAGAUUCCUGUUUAACACUUAA